GCUCGUUAACUUCCGUCGGUGUUCAAACAUGGSGACGUCCUCGUUGCGAAAUUCCGUGUCUUUGCUAUCAUUUUUCAGCAAAAAGCUCUUCAGACCGGAGCUGACCGCUCUUUGUUCAUAUCACAAAAAGGUGGUGGACCACUACGAAAACCCGAGAAACGUCGGCUCUCUGGACAAAACCUCCAAGGAUGUGGGGACUGGCCUGGUGGGCGCACCAGCCUGCGGCGAUGUCAUGAGACUUCAGAUCAAGGUGGAUGAAAACGGCAAGAUAAUAGAUGCUAAGUUCAAAACAUUUGGCUGCGGAUCAGCCAUCGCCUCCAGCUCUUUGGCCACAGAGUGGGUGAAGGGGAAGUCGGUUGAUGAAGCUCUGGAGAUUAAAAACACAGACAUUGCCAAAGAACUCUGCCUUCCUCCCGUCAAGCUUCAUUGCUCCAUGCUCGCCGAAGACGCCAUCAAAGCCGCUCUGAAGGACUACAGACUAAAACAAGACGAGGAUAAAAAGCGUUGACUCGUUUAAGAGAUAUUUCACUGAUAUCUUGGUAACCAGUAACUCUCAGCUAACCAGGGCCGUGAGAAAGAUGAGUCAGGGAGUUCUGGGAGCCUUAAAGAGGCUCGGGUGUUAAAGUUUUCUGUGGAUUCCUUUUUAACUUCAGGUGAACUGAAAAUGCUUUAAAAAAACUGCAGUUUUUUUGGAGUUCAUGGGUGUAUUUCUGACAACACAGCUACCUUACUAUGACUGGCAGACACAGUUUAUGUUUUGCAGUGAUUUAUUUUAACAUAUAAAAGAAGAUUGUUGAAGACUGACUGAGUGGAUAGGUUCAGGUUUUGUUUUUAUAAAUAUUUUGGCUUUUAUUUGGCUCCAUUGUAUGAAAAUUUAAUAGAUACAGAUACAAAAAAACAUACUGUUUACACAUUCUGAAAUAAAUGAUUUAAAAUGUG